AAAAGAAAGAACAAUUUUAAAAAAACUCGUUUGAUUAGUAAUAUUUUUAUAAAUUUGUCAGAAUAAAAAAAUAUUUAAACAUUUUGAAAAAUUUAAUCAUGAUGCCUAGUACACGUGCGUGAUAAGUCGUCAAUAACACCACACUAAACAACAAUAUUAACACUAAAUAAUAUCUAUUAAAUCUUAACAACGAUAAUAAGAAAUAACGGUUGUUCGCCUAAACGAUUCGAAUUAUUUAAUAAGGAACAGCGAUCCGUCGCCGACGAUGUGCGGCUGUAGUCCAUGAUUCAUCUGGCCCGUGAACACCCGUAAUGGAUAAGUACGUGAAGCGCAUUAAGAGGAAAGAAGACAAUGGCGGAGACGACACAGACGUGGACAAAUUCUACGUACCCGGCGGCCAGUUGAUGGCUGCGGACUCUGCUGUGUCCUGUGCACUAGGCAUCCAACAACCCGCAGCCCCUCAAAAGUCCGAUCGACCAGCCACUCCGCCUUCGCCGAUUUUGUCUAUGUCUCCGACAUCGGAAGACUUAUCCUUAUCGAAAAAAACAAUAGGACAAAUGAAACGCAUUUACGUUUCUAGACGUUUGCUAUUCGAUGAUGAAGAAAAAGUCAACAUAAAUAAGCCUGUUAGUCAACAUUUGAUCGUCAACUCUCAACCAACUGAUGUCUUGGAAGAAAAGACUUCGGGAGACGAUGCUUGUCAGACUAUCAUCAACUCUCUGUCAGCUCGCGGUUUUGUAGUAAACAAUCACAAUCCCUGUAAUGACUGUGGUGGAUCACUUGGACAAUAUGGCUUCUAUAAGUUAGCUGGCACAGAUAUGCAGACGACUGACAUGAUAAGAGAAGGUGGUGAAGUACUGACGUCGUUGUCAUCCGUCUGUAACCAGUUUGAAUGUCUGUCAGUGUUUGAGGGCAUCAUUUACACCGUGCAUGUGGCUGCUGCUGGUCUGGCAGGUGAUAAAUCAAUCGAGACAGCUAAAGUAUUGGCGACUGUUGGUCCACACCCGCACAUUGUCUCUUAUUUCUGCAACUGGAUGGACACGCGUUAUCAUUUCAUGCAAACAGAACAGUGCCAGGCAAGCCUGUCAUCACUGCGCAUGAACAACAUUGCCGACUGCCGUAUGGUGUUGGAACACAUUUCGUGUGCGCUACAUUAUUUACAUGACGGCAAGAUGUACGCGCACAAUCGUGUCAGCCUCCAGAAUAUCUACUCAGUCUUGGAUGGUGACCGCGUCAUCUACAAACUAGGUGGGUUUGGUGCGGCUACCAAGCUAAUACCGGAUGGUAGCGCCACCGUAGCUGAUGUCCAAUCUUUGUGUUUGAUGGUGUCGGAGCUGAUCAAAAAUGGCGAUGGGUGGUCUGCAGACGAAGAGGAUCUGCGACACUAUCUGUCAAACAUGGCAGGAACAGUAAAUCCGGCCACUGUGAAUGCUCUGUCUGUUUGGCGUUGGUGUUGUGACGCCCGGCACCGGCCACCACUAAUGCAAUCGCGCCAGACUGGGUUGUCAGACAUAGUUUAUCGGAACAUCGGUACAAGUAACGUUGACAGAGGAGAUGCAGCUGAUCAAACUGCCAUACUGUCAUCACUCAGGAAAAUUAAAUUGCCAUGGCUAUUCGGCCGAGCAAGUGACAAUGAGUGAAAAAAAAAACAUUUUAAAACAGAAAAAUUACCAAGGUCGG